GCAAUAUUUUGUGAAAGUAGAGAGCUCAGAGAGUUAAUUAAAGUUGAUCCAAUAAUACUUGUUCUUAUAAGUUUCUUUUAUUGAAGAUUCUGGGUUGCAUUGCGAGUCAGUAGCUGCGGAUCAUUUCGAUUUCAGAUUCAUCAUGCAAAUCUUUGUAAAAACUCUCACUGGAAAAACCAUUACCCUUGAGGUAGAAGCUUCUGAUACUAUCGAGAAUGUCAAAGCUAAGAUCCAAGACAAAGAAGGUAUUCCUCCAGAUCAGCAACGUUUGAUCUUUGCUGGAAAGCAAUUAGAGGAUGGCAGAACUCUUUCUGACUACAACAUCCAGAAGGAAUCUACGCUUCAUCUUGUUCUGCGUCUUCGUGGAGGCAUGCAGAUCUUUGUAAAAACUCUUACGGGUAAAACCAUUACCCUUGAAGUCGAAGCUUCGGACACCAUUGAAAAUGUGAAAGCCAAAAUUCAAGACAAAGAGGGAAUUCCCCCGGAUCAGCAGCGUCUGAUUUUUGCUGGCAAGCAACUUGAAGAUGGCAGAACUCUCUCUGAUUAUAAUAUUCAAAAAGAAUCCACACUUCACUUGGUUCUUCGUCUUCGAGGAGGAAUGCAAAUCUUCGUGAAAACUCUCACCGGUAAAACCAUCACUCUUGAAGUUGAAGCCUCUGAUACAAUAGAAAACGUAAAAGCUAAGAUCCAAGACAAAGAAGGCAUUCCUCCUGACCAGCAACGAUUGAUCUUUGCUGGUAAACAGUUGGAAGAUGGUAGGACACUUUCAGACUAUAACAUCCAGAAGGAAUCCACGCUUCAUCUGGUUCUGCGUCUUCGAGGAGGAAUGCAAAUCUUCGUGAAAACUCUUACCGGUAAAACCAUCACUCUUGAAGUUGAAGCCUCUGACACAAUAGAAAACGUAAAAGCUAAGAUCCAAGACAAAGAAGGCAUUCCUCCUGACCAGCAACGUUUGAUUUUUGCUGGUAAACAAUUGGAAGACGGUAGGACACUCUCGGACUAUAACAUUCAAAAAGAAUCUACCCUUCAUUUGGUUCUGCGUCUUCGAGGAGGAAUGCAAAUCUUCGUGAAAACUCUCACCGGUAAAACAAUUACCCUCGAAGUUGAAGCUUCAGAUACCAUCGAAAACGUGAAGGCCAAAAUCCAGGACAAAGAGGGAAUUCCACCGGAUCAACAGCGUCUGAUUUUCGCCGGCAAACAACUAGAAGAUGGCAGAACUCUUUCUGAUUACAACAUUCAGAAAGAAUCCACGCUUCACCUGGUUUUGCGUCUUCGAGGAGGAAUGCAAAUCUUCGUGAAAACUCUCACCGGUAAAACAAUUACCCUCGAAGUUGAAGCUUCAGAUACCAUCGAAAACGUGAAGGCCAAAAUCCAGGACAAAGAGGGAAUUCCACCGGAUCAACAGCGUCUGAUUUUCGCCGGCAAACAACUGGAAGAUGGCAGAACUCUUUCUGAUUACAACAUCCAAAAAGAAUCCACACUCCACUUAGUUUUACGACUUCGCGGAGGUAUGCUCUUGUGAGCUGGAAUCUACAGAAAGGUAGUCGCAAAUUGAAAAAGAAUAGCAUCAGUAGUAUUGAGGUAGCAUUUAUAUAUUUAACGUUUUUUUUUAACUUAUGUUUCACGUAACUACGUAUACUUAUAAUAUUACUUUGAAAAAUAUUUAUGUCGAAGUGCAACAAGAAUGUAAGAAAAUGUAAUCCAAAUAUAUAUAUGCAAAUGAACGCGUUCUUGUCUAAUAAACAUUAAAUUGCAUUAGGA